CGCUGCCUCCCGCGUCCGUUCAAAGCCAGGGGCCCGUCGCGUCCGGAGGAAGGAUGCGGGCUGGUCGAGCGGCAGCCUGAGGGAGCUGCGGGAACUGGAAGAACCAUCCUCUUCCACAAGGAGAAAAUAAGCAGACAUGAAAAGUACUCCGCACUUCAGCUUAAGAUGCAGGACCGGGCAGGAUAUGCAAAUUAUCCUGCUGAUGGGAUUGACUGUGCUUCUUCCUGCCUGUGUACAAGCUGGAGGAAAGUCCUACACUGGACCAUGUGCAGGGAGAGACUGCAGUGGGGGCUGUGAAUGUUUUCCAGAAAAAGGAGCUCGUGGCCAGCCAGGACUGCUUGGACAGCAAGGAUUCUCUGGGCCAUCGGGAGUGAUGGGCAUACCAGGACUUUCAGGGCACAAAGGGGACAAAGGUGACCGAGGUAGACCUGGCAUUACUGGACCCAAAGGAGAAGCGGGACAAAGAGGAGUCACAGGGUUUCCCGGUGCAGAUGGAAUUCCUGGUCAUCCAGGUCAGGGAGGAUCAAGAGGAAAACCAGGCCACGAUGGUUGCAAUGGGACCAAGGGAGAUCCAGGUCCACAGGGAAUUCAGGGACCUGGUGGGACUCCUGGUUUUUUUGGAAUCCAGGGACCCAAAGGUCAGAAGGGGGAGCCUUUUGCACUGCCGGACGAAUUAGCGAUAAAGUUCAGGGGAGACCCUGGUGACCCGGGCUUGACUGGCUUCAUUGGACCACAAGGUGCUCCUGGACUAGUGGGUGAACCUGGUCUAGAAGGAGACUCAGGUCUUCCUGGACUUCCAGGACCCCCAGGACCUCCAGGGCCCAUUGGCAAUAGAGGUCUCGGCUUUUAUGGAAAGAAAGGUGAAAAGGGUGAAAUUGGACCUCCUGGUCCACCUGGGCGUCCAUCAACAGGAGAAUUCAUCAGUUCAAUAGAUGAAAUUCUAAGUGAACACAAGGGUAUGAAAGGAAGAAAAGGAAUGAUGGGACGACCUGGAUUCCCAGGUUUUCCUGCACAAAAAGCAGAAAAGGGAGAAGAAGGAAUAACUGGCUUUCCAGGACAAAGAGGUUUGCCAGGAAUCAAUGGCCUAAAAGGAGCUGAAGGAGAUGUGGUAAUAUCGAAGCCACCAGAGAAAUGGAACUUAGAUGAAGCAGACAAAGAUGCUGCAGUGCACCAGCCAGGCAUGGACAGUGACAAUGAUCCAGAUUUUGAACUGUGUAUGUCUGGUGAAUCACAUCUCAUAACAGAGUCAGAAUUAAACGACCUGAUCAGGGACUUAGGUUUAUCAAAAUCAAAAGCAGAACUACUGAGUUCAAGACUGCAAGGAUGGUGUUUGAUAUCAACAGGUGUACCUGGUGACCGGGGAAUGGAUGGCAUUCAAGGCCCUGAGGGAGAGAGAGGAACCAAAGGCAGUCCUGGCCCACCUGGUGCAGAAGGAUCAUUUGAUGGUAACUUUCUACCCCUCUGUUAUAGCGCAUUGAUUCUGGAGAAAUAUAUUCACUUUUCUCCAGUCUAUGAUAAUUGA